AGUGCGCGAGUCAAAGAGGCAACGAGAGCCGCAAGUGUCAGGACUAUAGCAUGCCCACGAACCCCCAAUAAAUGGCGUCUAGCAGGAGGAUAUUCCCCCGUGGGAUGCUGCUCUGGGCAGCGCUGCUCAGCUUCCCAGGGUCUUUGUGUAUUAGCGAUCUGCUGUUUGUUAAAGAACCGCAAGAUGUAAUUGUUUCUAGGAAAGACGGUGUGGUUUUAGACUGCCUGGCUCAUGGAGAUCCUCCAAUCACGGUCAGAUGGAUGAAAAACGGAAUAAAAGUCUCUGAGAAUGAUCGUGUCUCCACGUUGUAUAAUGGUUCCUUGUACAUUCGGGAGGUCGAAGGCAAGAAGGCAGAGCAGUCCGAUGAAGGGUUUUACCAGUGCUUGGCUAUGAACAAACAUGGUGCCGUUCUAAGUCAAAGGGCUCAUCUUUCAUUAACAAGCAUGUCUGCGUUUGAAGAACAACCUGUCUCUGUUGAGGUCCAAGAAGGGGGUGUUGCACGAUUUUCUUGUAAGAUAACAGCCAAUCCCCCUCCUGUCAUUACCUGGGAGGUAAAUCGCACAGCUUUGCCACUCGCCAUGGACAGGAUUACUGUGCUGUCAAAAGGAGUUCUUCAAAUCUAUGGAGUCACCCAAAAAGACUCUGGGAAUUACAGAUGUGUAGCUACCACAAUAGCCAACCGGCGGAAAAGUGCAGAGGCUGUGUUGACUGUUUCUCCAGCCACAGAGAUUGGAUCUUUCCAGAAACCCAUCAUCAUUGCAGCACCUCAAAACACAACUACCUCUCUUCACCAAACCGUUACUCUGGAGUGCAUGGCCACAGGAGUUCCAAAGCCAAUCGUGUCUUGGAGUAGGCUGGACCAUAAACCCAUUGAUGUCUUCAACACACGAGUUCAUGGAAAUGGGAAUCUCAUUAUAUCAGACGUGAAGCUGGAACAUGCAGGAGUCUACAUUUGUAGAGCUACCACACCAGGAACACGCAACUACACGGUGGCUAUGGCCUCAGUGACAGUCCAGGCUCCCCCUUCAUUCAUAGAAAGACCAGAGAGUUUGACGCGACCACGAGCAGGAACGGCCCGCUUUGUGUGUCAUGCCGAAGGGAUCCCUGCUCCAAAAAUCUCAUGGCUUAAAAAUGGCAGAAAAAUACAUUCUAAUGGUAGAAUAAAAAUGUAUAACAGUAAACUGGUGAUUAAUCAGAUAAUCCCUGAAGAUGAUGCAGUAUAUCAGUGCAUGGCGGAGAAUAGUAGGGGAUCUGUUCUGUCCAGGGCUCGACUGAUUGUAAUUAUGUCUGAAGACAGACCCAGUGCUCCGCGUUACCUCCGGGCUGAGACAAUGUCCAGUUCAGCCAUCAUUCUGUCCUGGGAAAGGCCUCUCUAUAACGCGGACAAAGUCAUUGCUUAUUCUGUGCAUUACACCAAAGCAGAAGGUUUAAAUAAUGAAGAAUAUCAAGUGGUAAUUGGAAAUGACACAAUUCAUUAUAUCAUUGAUGACCUGGAUCCUGCAAGCAAUUACACGUUCUACAUAGUUGCAUAUAUGCCAAUGGGUGCAAGCCAGAUGUCUGAUCAUGUAACCCAGAACACGCUUGAGGAUGUUCCUUUGAGAGCUCCAGAAAUCAGUUUAACAAGUCGAAGUCCCACAGAUGUUCUUAUCACGUGGCUGCCAAUUCCAGCCAAAUUCUGCAGAGGAAACAUAAUCCAUUAUAGGCUCUCAUUUCGAGUGAGCACUGAAAGCUCAGUUCAGGUGUUGGAGCUUCCAGGUACCACACACGAGUAUUUUUUGGAAGGCCUCCAACCAGAUAGCCUUUACCUGGUUCGUAUAGCUGCAGCAACUAAAGUGGGAUGGGGAGAAUCCUCUGCUUGGACAUCUCACAGGAUGCCGAAAAGUACAAGUGUCAGAGCCCCAAGAUCUCCCGAGCUUCGCCUGGAUCCUCUAAACUGCACCACCAUAGCAGUGAGGUGGCAGCAAGACCCCGAAGACAAAGCAACCAUUCAGGGUUACAAAUUGUAUUACAAGGAAGAAGGGCAGCAAGAGAGUGGACCAAUCCUACUAGAUGUUCAAGACUUUGAUUAUAACAUUGGAGGGUUAGACCCAAGAAGAAAAUACCAUGUGAGAUUACUAGCCUACAACAAUUUGGAUGAAGGCUAUCAAGCAGACCAAACAGUCAGCACCCCUGUAUGUGUUGCCGUUCCAGACCACAUGAUUCCACCACCUUCACCACCCCAUCAUCUCUAUGCCAAGGCCAACAGUUCAUCUUCCAUAUACCUGCACUGGGGACGUCCAGCUUUCUCCACCAGCCAGAUCAUUAACUACACUGUCCGCUGCAAUCCCGUGGGCCUGCAGAAUGCUUCCUUAGUGCUUUACCUACAAACGUUAGAACCUCAUGUUUUAGUUCAGGAUCUUGAACCAAAUACCAAGUAUGAAUUUGCUGUGAGGCUGCACGUGGACCAGCUGUCGAGUCCCUGGAGCCCUGUGGUUUACCACUCCACCCUCCCGGAAGCACCAACCAGACCCCCAGUGGGAGUCAAGGUGACUUUGAUUGAGGAGAAUACAGCUUUGGUCUCUUGGAAGCCCCCUGAAGAUAUGGAUUCUGCCGUGACACGUUACACUAUCCUGUAUGCAUCCAGAAAAGCCUGGCUUGGUGGAGAAUGGCAGAUAAUGCAUGUAGAAGGAGCAAUAACCAUGGCUUUGCUUGAGAAUCUUCUGCCUGGAAAUAUUUACCUUUUUAAGAUAUCGGCUGCCAACGAAGUUGGAGAGGGGCCUUUCUCUAAUGCUGUGGAACUGAUGAUGCGGCCCAAGGAGACCCUGCAGAAGAGCCUAAAGGCGAAUUUGUUAGAUUCUACAAAAAGCGAUGAUUAUUCAGAUUAUUACCACUUGGACCAGAAAUCCAUGACAGGCAUUGUUGUUGGUGUGUGCAUUGCGCUGACCUGCAUUCUCAUUUGCAUUUUGAUAUUGAUUUACCGAGGCAAAGCUAGGAAAGCAUCGAUUGCAAAGAUUGCCCAGCAAGGAACCGAGCUACUCCCUCAUGCGGCGGUGUUAAUGGCAGAUGAGAGUCAAGAGAGGAAGACCACGAACCAGUCAGAGGAAAACACCAAUGCAUCAAUGUCGACCAUGGAAUCAAACCACUUCAUAGAUGCUAAGGGCGGCACUGAUCUCAUCAUAAACGGUCAUGGACCAGUGGUGAAGAACAAUUCAAGGAAAAAGUGGAUGUUUUUUCUGGGCAGGAAGAAAGACCAUGAACAGCCUAAAAGAAGAAUUGUGAAAGCCUCCUCUCUAUAUCACCCUGGUACCACUAUUGUAAUAUGCGAAGACAUUUAUCCUGCAUCUCCAGGUUGUCCUGGCACAUUUCAAAUGAGGAGGAGCAUUGCAGCCGAUACAGAACAUUCUGGUAACAGUGAGGAAAGUCAUGAAACCAGUGAUUCAGGGCGUUUUUCUCAUGGGUCCAACGAUGACAUUCACCCAUACUCGGUUAUAAGUACCACACCACCUUUACCCGAUUCAUUCACUAGCCACCACUCUGGGACUAACUCUGCUUUAAGCAAUCAGUGAUAACCAUCCAGCGUUUGUAAGCUGUGGAAACCUCUUCUACCUCAGCUAAUCAGAUGCUUUUCCACCUAACCAUUUCAAGGAACCAUUCCAUUUUUUGCCAGAUAUACCAGGCGUUGAGAUCUGUUCGAAGGACAAUGAGCGGAGCCAAAAAACAAAUGAUUGUGGAGUCUGGUUUCUCCUACCGAUUUAUCUCACUUUGUCAGCUGAAUGUACUCUUAAGUAAAUCCAUUCGCCUUGAUGGUUGGCGUGCUCGAGAGCGAGUGGAUUAGAAACUCUACUGUUUUACGCCAUUUGUCUUUGUUUCAAAUUGACAUCCACCAGUCCCCUUGAUAAAUGUCUACCUCGGCUGGUCAGAUGAUGAACUCAGUUUUGCUGCUUUACCUGUAUUUCUGUUUGUUUGUCUCCUUUCCCUCCACCAGAAAUACUUCCUAUAUGUUUUUUUUUUACUUUGUUUUAUAUGCUAUAUGUAUUAUGAAUGUUUUACCAAAGGAGUUGUAAAGGCAAGAUGACCAGUUUUCUCAAGCCCUGUUUCCUUAAAAAACAAAAAACUAAAAAAAAAACACACAAACAAUGCAGCUGGCAUAAAGCGAGCAACAUAAUAUUAAUGCAUACGUAGGCAUGUGUUACAAAACACUAUAUCAUUUCACAGUUAUAAACUACCUGAGCAUUAAGAUAUAUUACUUGUGAUACACAAAAUACUGUUAGUGUAUAUACUCUGCUUUUAAUUUCCAUUUAA